AUGGAGGGCAUUCCCCAGUUCAAGGAUCCGUUCAUCCAGAAAUAUCUCAAAGGGCGCGAUGAGUUGAUAGAGGAAGAGCAUAAGUUGCGACUUGAUGCCCAUUUUCGCAAGUCAAUGUCUGCGGCAGCUACUGAAGCAUGUAAAAUAGUUUCUGCAAUCCGCCGGAGAGAGUUGAAAGAUGUCUGGACAAAGGAGGCAGAAAAGGAGCUGGUUGAGCACUCGGAUGAAACGCUCUAUCCGGGAAUGAUGUUCCAUUCAGCAAGGGAGAGAAUGGAGAAAACAGAUCUGUGGAAAAUUGUCCAGAAAAUGCCUAAAGGCUCUUUAUUGCAUGCACAUCUAGAAGCUAUGAUCAAUCUGGAUCUAUUAUGUGAUUUGAUCCUGUCACUUCCCAACUUAUACGUGUCCUCUUCAACCCCGCUUGUCUCAGCGGAGGAUUGGAACACGAGCCCUCUCUCGUUCCGGUACUUCUCAGCUCCUCCAGAGCCGUCUGGAGUGAGCAAUUUUCCUUGGGAAGCGGGGUAUACUCCAUCAUCUUUUGCUCCUGUGUCUCAGAUGGCCAGCGCGUUCCCCAACGGAGGAGUUGAGAGGUUCCGUACCUGGUUUAAAAGUCGAUGUACUCUUGCUAACGAUGCAUCUUCACAUCAUCGAGGCGUUGAUGAUAUUUGGGUUCAAUUUAUGCGCACUUUCCAAGUUGUUGAUUCUAUUGUGUACUAUGAACCUGUGUUCCGUGCAUGCAUGCAACAAAUGCUUAAUGAGCUGAACGAUGACGGCAUCCGGUACGUUGAAUUCCGACUGGCGUUUGAUUUUCCCUAUCGACGUGACCAACACGAUGAACAUGAAUCAGACUAUGAAGCCUUUUUCCAAGCUUUUUCUGAAGAGAUUGAGAAAUUUAAAUCCUCCCCUGCGGGGAAAGGUUUCUAUGGAGCAAGAAUGAUUUGGACGACAGUGCGAGCGUUUUCAAAUCUCACGAUUGCGGGAAACAUGAAACACUGUAUUGCAAUUAAACAGAAAUUCCCGGAACUGAUUGCCGGCUAUGACGUUGUGGGUCAGGAGGAAAAGGGAAGGUCUCUCAAAAAUUUAGUCCCCGUUCUCUUUUGGUUCAGGAAGAAAUGUGUUGAGGCUGGUGUAGAUAUACCAUUCUUCUUCCAUGCUGGAGAAUGGGUUGGGGAUGGUGACGAAACAGAUCACAAUCUCUACGAUGCCAUCCUGAUGGGCACACGGAGGAUAGGACACGCCCUGACACUCCACAAACAUCCACUUCUCAUUGACAUAGUCAAGGCAAGGAAGAUCCUGAUCGAAUGCUGUCCUAUAUCAAAUGAGGUCCUCCGCCUUACCAGCUCAAUCAUAACACACCCACUCCCCGCAUUGUUGGCGCGAGGUGUUCCCGUUGCAUUAUGCAACGACUACCCUACACUCCUGGGAUACGGCAAGAAUGGACUGACACAUGAUUUCUGUCAGGUCCUCAACGGGCUGGAAAAUGUUGGACUUUCUGGACUUGCCUCCAUGGCUGAGAACUCGAUCCGUUGGAGCUGUUUUGAGGACCAGAGUUCAUCAGAAUGGCUGCGGGAUAUCCGUUCAGGAAUCAUGGGAGCGGAUGCAAAGGCUAUUCGCUUGAAAGAAUGGUAUAUUGAAUUCGAAAUUUUUUGCCGGUGGGUGCUGUUGGAGUUCGGGUCGAAGGCUGAUGAGGAUGAGGAGAAGUAG